AUACUAAAGCUAUAUACUUUAAGAACAAGCUAGAAAGUAUUACGAACAGUAAGGAAGGAUGGAGAACAAUCAAUUUACUAUUGAACAAAAAAUCUAAGUCCACAUUAAUUAACGAAUUAAAAGUUGGGGAUAGUAUAGUUACUGGUGACAAAAAUAUUGCAACAGCAUUCAACAAUUAUUUUUCCGCAAUUGGUGAAAAAUUGAGUGAGAAUUUAUCUUGCAACAAUACCGACCCUCUUAACUACGUGACACCAGUGACUGAGGUAUUCGAGCUAAAUAAUAUAAUAAUGGAUGAAUUAAGUUGCGAGAUAUUCAAAGCAAAAGCCGGGAAAUCAACAGGUUUGGAUAAAAUUUCAAAUAAACUAUUAAAAGCAGCCGGGGAGACCAUUACCGGCUCCUUAAGUCAAAUUUUUAAUCUAUCUAUCGAUACCGGAAUUUUUCCAGACGAUUUGAAACACACUAAGGUAACCCCUCUUUACAAAUCAGGGGACAAGAUGGAUUGCGAUAAUUACAGACCUAUCUCAGUAACAUCAGCGGUAGCAAAAAUUUUUGAAAAGCUGGUCUCUAGGCAAAUCAAUCUGGAUUUCGCACUCAACACUCCACAGAGACUGCACUGUAAAUCAAUGUCUUGUAAAUAUGGACCAAGGCCUUAUUAA